UAUGACCCUUUAUUCUCUUUAUCUGCAGAUCGUGACCAUGCCAGAGUACCUGAAGAAACGCUUUGGUGGGCAGCGGAUCCGUAUCUACCUCUCCGUGCUCUCCUUGUUUCUCUAUGUAUUCACCAAAAUCUCUGCGGACAUGUUUGCAGGAGCCAUUUUCAUCAACCAGGCUCUGGGACUAAACAUUUACCUGGCCGUAAUUAUUCUGCUGCUCAUUACAGCUCUUUAUACAGUAACAGGUGGUCUAGCUGCAGUCAUCUACACCGACACACUGCAGACCAUCAGCAUGGUUGUCGGAUCAUUCAUUCUUAUGGGCUUUGCGUUCAAUGAGGUGGGAGGCUAUGAGAACUUCAAAGACCGAUACAUGACUGCGAUCCCGUCAGUGGUGGGUGUGAACAUCAGUGAAGAGUGCUACACUCCUCGUGCAGACUCCUUCCACAUCUUCAGAGACCACAUCACUGGCGAUCUGCCCUGGCCUGGACUGAUCUUUGGUCUUACUAUCCAGGCUGGCUGGUACUGGUGCACUGACCAGGUGAUUGUGCAGCGCUGUCUGUCUGCCAAGAGCCUGUCUCAUGUGAAAGCGGGCUGCAUCCUGUGUGGUUACCUCAAACUUCUGCCCAUGUUCCUCAUGGUUUUCCCUGGCAUGAUCAGCAGAGUUCUUUAUCCAGAUGAGAUCGCAUGUGUGGAUCCAAAAGAGUGUGACUACUACUGUGGAGCCAGUGUGGGCUGCAGUAAUAUUGCUUAUCCGAAACUAGUGGUGGAUCUGAUGCCAAACGGUCUCAGAGGCUUGAUGUUGUCCGUCAUGCUGGCCUCUCUGAUGAGUUCACUCACUUCCAUCUUUAACAGUGCUAGCACACUCUUCACUAUGGACAUUUACACCAAGAUUCGCUCCAAUGCCAAGGAAAAGGAACUCAUGAUUGCCGGGAGGGUGUUCAUGCUGUUUCUGAUCGGCGUGAGUAUCGCGUGGAUCCCCAUCGUUCAGUCAGCUCAGAGCGGGCAGCUCUUCGACUACAUUCAGUCCAUCACCAGUUAUCUGGCUCCGCCCAUCGCUGCUGUCUUCACCCUCGCCAUUUUCUGCAAGCGAGUCAAUGAACCAGGUGCUUUCUACGGGUUGUGUAUUGGUCUGUUGGUGGGUCUGGCACGUAUGAUAACUGAGUUUGCCUACGGCACGGGCAGCUGCGUGAGUCCCAGUAACUGUCCUACGAUCAUCUGUGGUGUGCACUACCUCUAUUUCGCCCUCAUCCUCUACAGCCUGUCCUGUAUAUUGAUACUGUGCAUCUCCCUCAUGACUAAACCCAUUGACGACAAACAUCUGUACAGGCUCUGCUGGAGUUUGAGGAACAGCACUGAGGAGAGGAUUGAUCUGGAAAAAGAUGACUGGACUGAAAAUCAGGAUUCAGAUUCUGUGCAAACAGAAGAGGUGCGCAAGGAUCCAAGCUGUUGGAAGAAGGCCUAUAACUGGUUCUGCGGUUUUGAUCAAGGCGAUGCACCUAAACUGACUAAAGAACAGGAGGCAGAGUUGAAUUUGAAGCUCACAGACACCACUGAGAAACCGCUAUGGAGAAACGUGGUCAACGCUAAUGCUAUUAUCCUCCUCACCGUCUGUGUCUUCUUCCAUGGUUUCUUUGGCUAAAAAUCAUCAGUAUCAACUAACUCUGUUAAGGAUAUUAGAGCUGUAUUCUGCUGACAGAAAUUGCAUCUUAUCAGUAACAAACUAAACAUAAUUAAUCUGAUUGUAAGAAGUUACGAAAGUUCCUCUUGAAACACUUCACACUUCCUUAUAAUAUCUUCCACAAAAACGUCCUUACUGCUGCCUACUGUUUUUGAUUUGAUGGCAGGAAGUAGGAA